AUGGGAGAUGCAUCGUACUCAAAAUCAAUUCAUUACACAAAUGAAUUUAUUGACAGAAAAAAUUACCGAACUUCAAUAUGCCUUAAAACAACAACAGCAGCAGCAGCAGCAGCAGCAGCACAACAACAACAACAACAACAACAACAACAACAACAACAACAACAACAACAACAACAACAACAACAACAACAACAACAACGACAACAACAACAACAGCAGUCCCAGCAGCAUCAUCAUCGUACAACUCCGACACCGCGGCGGAAAAUCAACGACAAAGUUGUUUUACAUAUUUCAACCGAUAUAGCACGAAACCGUGAAUUUUAUCGGACACAUGAUGUACGUCCACCAUAUACGUAUGCAUCUCUGAUACGCGAAGCCAUUAUGGAAUCCAAGGAUUGCCAGUUAACACUUAACGAAAUUUAUCAGUGGUUCACAGAAACGUUUGCAUAUUUUCGGAGGAACGCUGCAACUUGGAAGAAUGCAGUGAGGCAUAAUUUAUCGUUACAUAAAUGUUUUGCACGGGUUGAGCAGAAUGUGAAGGGUGCCGUAUGGACAGUGGAUGAUUCGGAAUUCUAUCGACGACGGCCUCAACGUGGACAUACGUCGCGGAGUACGCCGUCAACACCGAAACCUGAUAAUCCAUUAAGUUUACUUUCCACAGCAGCUGCAGCAUCCGCGGCCAGUAUGAUGAUUGCAGCCAGCGAGCAUCCGGAAGCAGUGCUCCUUUGUGAUAUCAAGCAAGAAGUAUUAGCUGCCGAGAAUGUUACUCCCAGUUCAUUGCAGAUGUUCAUUAAGGAAGAAAAGUCCAGUCCAAAACUUGAGGUCGGCGAGGAAUCAUAGCGUGGUAUCUGGAAAUGUGCCUUCUGGAAAUUCCAGUUUAAAUUAUAUGAUUUUAUGUAUGCUUUUUCUCUGCACCUUCCUCGUAUUACACUUUUCACAUUUACUGAUAAUUUCAAGGAAAAUCUGGUCAUAUUUACGGUUUCAGUAUAAAAGCAGCGGGAUAUACUUUUUUCUUCUGGAACGUUUGUAUACAGCUUUUCAUUUAGUAGAAAUUUGAUUCGAUUUGUUCUAUAUUCUACCUCAUUUUUUCACCUGCUUGUUUCAUUUCCUGUCGAACUUCUUAAUUAAUUUCAGCCGUGGCAUUAAAAUGAUAUUUCUUUUUCACAGUAGCACUUUAUUUUUCCAUCAAUGGAUACAGCUACUAACAUAUUAUUAAGGUUUUUCGUAUCUUUUCUUGUAUAACGCAGGUUUUUCUUUUCUGGCAAAUAAGAAAUGACUAUCAGAAGUUUAGAUGUGUGAUUUUUUAGCUUAGAUUACUUCAUAGUGUUAUUAAUUAUUACUUUUUUUUAUCAAUUACUAGUGCUCAAUUUUUUGGUUUGAAUUGUGGAUUUGAUGAGCAAACAAAUUUUGUUCAGUUUUUUGGCAUUAAUGUAUUUUGUUAUCAUGUUGAUCUUAUUUUACCAGUUCUUAUGCGGGAACCACUCUCCAGUGCGCUUACAAAUUGGUUAGUGACUAGUUUUUCCUUCACAGAAAUUGUCAACACGCUCUUUUGUCAACAAAGACACAAAAGAAGGUGAAAUUUAACUCCUUGUGGGAUAUUUGUAAUUUUUCCAUGGACCACUAGGAGCAUAUCAUUGCUCUGCAAAAUUCUUCCAGACGAAGUUCUAUGAUUUUCAAGUAGAGUUUUUAAGUCACUGUGAACAUUGGUUGAAUUACAUUUCUUUUUGCCGACUGCUCUGUCGAGAAAAACUGCUGAGAAAUUGUGGCAGGAGAGUUUUCUGGAAACGACU